AUGGACUUGGCUUCUUAAUUCAACCUAGAACUUUAACCAGUUAGAGAUUAAAAAGUGCCUCUUUUAAUAGAUUCUGAAAAUGAUAACAAUGAAGAAAAGAGGUCCUUUUUAACAUUGUUAUUUUUUUUAGAUGUUUAUCCAAUGAUGAAGGUAUUGUGAAUCCACAUAAUUUAGCAAUCUCAAAAAUUCUCUCUUGAAAGUGAUUAAAUUAAAGAUUUAAGAUAUCAAAAGAGAUCUCUCAAAUUACAUGAAUAGUUUUCUUACUAUUUAAAUAGAGAUGGCAAACUUAUAAAAUAACUUUUAUUUUUCUUUAUGUGUAAUAUUCUAUGUCAUAUUUAGCUCCCCUUCUUAAAGUUAUAUCAAUUCUUUUACUGUUAACAUUAGGUUAGCUUUGUAUGCCUUUAUUAAUCAAAACUGUAAUUGAUUUCAUAAAGAGUGAACAUAGAGAAGAAAAUGAUGCAAUCUAUUUGAUUUUGUCAAUUGUAUUUCUUAGAAUAAUAAACAUUUUCUCUUAAGCACACUCAAGAAGAAUGAUUGUAUAUAGUAAUUAUAUUAAUAGCUUUGUAUUGGAUAUGACGCUAUGUCAGUAGUAAGUGUGGAAAUAAUGAGAAAAUGUUUAAGAGUGUCUUUACUUAGUACUACAGAAUGGUCUAGUGGAGAAAUAACUAAUUUAAUCUAAGUGGAUGCUUAGAAACUUAUUCUAAUAACUAGUUACAUUUCAAGUGUAUUAAUGAUACCCUUAUAACUUGGAAUAAGUUUAUAUUUAAUGUAUAGUAUGAUUGGUCUGUCAUUUUUUAUUGGAUGUACAAUUAUAUUUAUAAUGAUCCUUUUUAAUAUCUUUACAGCAAAAUAAAUCAUUAAAUCAUAACGUAAACUCUUAAAAGAUAAGGAUGAAAGAACAAAAAUAGCAAAUGAAAUAUUUUCUUAAAUUAAAUUUAUCAAAAUUAAUGCAUUAGAAGAUCACUUUUUAUCAAAAGUUGAGGAAGCAAGAUAAAAAGAAAUAAAAAGCAUUAAAAAUAGACUUAAAUAUUCAGCAAUUAAUAUAUUUUCUGUAUGGUUGACACCUUAAUUAAUUUUGAGUAUGACAUUUGGAUUAUAUGUAUAUUUAGGUCAUUAAUUAAAUCCUAGUACUACUUUUGCUAUCAUAAGUUUAUUUUAAAUUUUGUAAUAACCUUUGCUUCAAUUACCUAUAGCAAUAAAUUCAUUAAUUGAAGCAAAACUUUCAUUGAAAAGAAUAUCAAAAUUUCUAGCUACUAAGGAUUUGAUGACUAAUUGUAUAAGUACCUAAGAAUUCAGAGAUUGUAAAAUUGCAGUUGAUCUUUAAAAUGGAAUGUUUUAUUGGAACAAAUAAAUUAAUGAUACUGUAGGAUUGAAUUUAGAUGUUGAUAAUUUAAAGGAUAAACUUUAAACAUAAUAAUAAGAAUAAUCAAUAUUAAAAAAUAUAAAUUUAAAAAUAGAAUCUGGAAAGUUUGUUUCUAUAAUAGGAGAUGUAGGUUCUGGAAAGACUUCAUUUUUAUAGGCACUGCUAGGAGAAAUGAUAUAUAAUGAAGUAGGUGAUUAACCUAAAAUAAGAUUAAAUGGGAAAUUAGCAUAUGUAAGUUAGAAACCUUGGAUCUAAAAUGCAACAGUUUAAGAUAAUAUUAUUUUUGGUAAGUAAUUUAAUAAAUAAUAAUAUGACAAUGCAAUCUAUUAUUCUUGUUUAACUUAAGAUUUGUAGAUUUUAAUUAAUGGAGAUUAAACUAUGAUAGGAGAAAAGGGAAUUAAUUUAUCAGGUGGUUAAAAAGCAAGAAUUAGUUUAGCCAGAGCUAUUUAUAGUGAUUCAGAUAUCAUUCUAUUGGAUGAUCCAUUAAGUGCUGUUGAUGCUCAUGUUGGAAAUUUUAUUAUGAAAGAAUGCUUAUUAGGAAAAUUAAAAUAAACUACAAGAAUACUCAUCACUCAUGCUUUAAAUUAUUGUAAAUAUACAGAUUAUAUUUAUUUAUUUGAAAAAGGAGAAGUAUUUGAAUAAGGUACUUAUAAAAGUAUGCUUUAAAGUUAAAAGUUUUAAGAAAUAAAAACUAAAUUUAACAAUAAUAAUGAAGAUUAAGAGGAUUCUCCAUUGAUAUCAAAUCAUUAAGAAGAUUAUAAAAAACAUACAUAUUCAGAUAGUAAUCCAAAUCUUGAUUCAUCUACUAUUACAACAGCACUUUCUACUAAAUCUUCUUUAUAAGAUGAAGUAGAUGAUCUUAUGAUAUUAGAGGAAAGAUAGAAAGGAGAUAUUAAUUAUGAAGUAUUUUUAUAGUAUUUUGCUCAUAAUGGAGGUUGUGUGAGUUUCUCAUUGGUCAUUGUUAUUAUGAUUAUUUGGAUAUCUUGUUAUUUAGGUUCUAGCAUAUGGAUUUCUAAAUGGGCUGCUUUAUCAUCAAAAGAUGAGGAAUUUUCAAGAAAUACCUUAUACUUUUCCAUUUAUUUUACUUUAGGCUUUAUGUAAGCUUUCUUUGCUUUUCUAAGAGCAAUAACAAUUAUAAAAUAAUCAAUUAAAUCAGCUGAAAUAGUUCAUAAUAAAAUGAUGAAAUCAUUGAUUUAUGCACCUUAAUGUUCAUUUUUUGAAAGAGUACCUUAAGGUAGGAUAAUGAAUAGAUUAACAAAAGAUAUUAAUUCAUUAGAUACAGAAAUCUAUUGGAAUAUCAGUUGGCUAUAUACUAAAGUGAGUCAAUUGAUUAGUAAUACAUUUCUAAAUGUAUAUGCAAGUACUCUCUUCAUAAUAUUUCCUAUUAUUGGAUUUUUUAUUAUAAGUUUGAAAAUGAAUAGACUUUAUAUGAAAGCAUCUAGAGAACUUUAAAGAUUAGAAUUAAUCAGUAAAAGUCCAAUUUUAAGUUACUUCACUGAAACCUUAUCAGGAUUAACAAUAAUAAGAGCUUAUUAAUAAAAUAAUUAAUUUCUUUACAAUUUUUGUAGAAAAUUAGAUAAUAAUAAAAAAAUAUAUUACAAAUAGGUAGAAUCUAAUGCAUGGUUUUUAUAAAUUAUGGGAUUGUCUAGUCUAAUAGUUAAUAUUUCAGCUAUUGUUUAUUGCAUUUAUUAUACUUAAAAUCCAGCCUUUGCAGGACUAUUAAUGACUUAUGCCUCAAAUAUUGAUACUAAUAUUCUUCAAACAGUAGAAUCUUUAAGUCUAUUAGAAAAUGGUAUUAUUUCAUUUGAACGAUGUUUAGCAUAUACUAAGUAAUAUUAAUAUAUUAUAUAUUUAAGUGUUAAAUCAGAGAAAAGAAAUGAAAAUAAUAUCAGAGUCUAAAAUUGGCCAAGCAUUGGUGAAAUUUAAUUUAUUAAUUUUUCAGUUUAAUAUCGUUAAAACCUUCCUCCUGCAUUAAGUAAUUUAGAUUUUAAAAUAAAUCCAAAAGAAAAAAUUGGAGUUGUUGGUAGAACUGGAGCUGGUAAAUCAUCUAUCACUUUGAGUCUAUUAAGAAUAUUAGAAUCAUUAGAAGGUAAAAUAUUGAUUGAUAAUGUUGAUAUUGCAAAUUUAUCUCUUAAAUAAUUAAGAGAAUCUAUCACAAUUAUAUUAUAAGAUGCUGUCAUUUUUGAUGGUACCAUAAAAGAUAAUCUUGAUCCUUUGGGUUUAAGAUCUGAUUCAGAGAUUUUAUCAAGCAUAAAUUAAUGUUGUUUAAAUAGAUUAGUAAGUAAUAGAGAUGGACUUAUGACAAAAAUUUCAGAAAGUGGGGAUAAUUUAAGUGCUGGUGAAAAAUAAUUGAUUUGUAUAGCUAGAGCUGUUUUAAAGAAAACUAAAAUUGUGAUUAUAGAUGAAGCUACUGCUAACAUAGAUGUUGAAACUGAACAUAAAAUUUAAUAAGUUAUUCAAUAAGCAUUUCAACAUUGUACUGUAUUAACAAUUGCUCAUCGUAUAAAUACAAUUCUACAUUGUGAUAAGUAUUAAAUUUAAUAAUUAAUUAGAAUUAUAGUAAUUGAUAAAGGAUAAUUAAAAGAAUUUGGAUUAACAUAAGAAUUACUAAAAGAUAAAAAGUCUACAUUCUACUAAAUUUAUUAAGAAGCAAUCUAAAAUGAAGCUCAUUGA